AUGCAGGUCGGAUUGAUAUGUUCGCUGUGUCGUCCUGUUGGGUGGCAGAUUGCUGGAAUCGUUCCGUCUCCCGAGGGAAGUGAGGGAAUUUCUAUAGAAGAAGGUGAUAUGAAAGUGAAUGAAGCGAUUACUCCGGAACAUCGAAAGGUUGUGAAUGAUUUGUUCUCGAAUUACCAUACUGGACUGAUCCGACAUUUGGAGAAAGCCUGUGCUGUGAUGAAUGUUGUACAGAAAAAGGUGAAACGUCAUGAGAGAACAAGGGGUGAUGCAACGGUUGAAGAGAAGACGGAGUUGGAGACAGCACGAGCUGAGUACGAGCGCCUGAAAGCCUUGGCAGCAGAGUUGAGUAGUGCCCUUGGAGUGCCGAUGGUUGAACUGAAGGAAGAACCGAGUGAUAACGAGGAAGACGAGAUGGCUGCAAUGGAAAUGGAUAAAGCUCUUGCGGAGGGACAUGUGUCGUUAUGGCCAGAUGAUGAAUCGCGGUUGUUUUACGAGAACCUGAUCGAUAUCAAGAAUAUUGUGCCAAGAAGUUUGUAUAAGGAAUCAGAAGAGCGCACGAUUCAAGAAAACGAGUUGAAGACAUCUGUAGAUGAUAUCGAUGUGAUGGACUCGAAGCUGAGCCUGCGGAGCGUGAAGGGGAAACGGAUAUGGGGUAUUGAGAAAGAAGAGAAAGAAGAGAACACGGAUGAGCCAUAUCGACCAAAAACUCCACCUUCUCCUGCUCAAUUCAAUGAAGAUUUGACGAGCGCAGGUGAUGCGUCACUCAUCACUUCGGAGGAAAUGAAGCAGCUUGCUCAGAAAUUCUUCUUAAAUCUCGAUCACCUCGUUAACCGUGAUACUACGGAUCAAUGUGCCCUUGAUUUCGUUUCAAAUCUAAAUACAAAGAGUUAUCGUAAAAAGCUUGUCAAAGUGCUAUAUGGAGUGCCUUCAUCACGUUUGGAUUUGUUACCAUUUUAUGCUCGCCUUGUUGCUUCACUUUCCCCGGUGAUGCCCGAUCUGACCACAGAAUUAACGACAAUGCUUAUAAAGCAAUUCAGGUUGGUCUAUAACGCCUUCAAUUCAUUUGACUUCUUUGCCGUUCUGGUUUUCGUCGAAAGUUUCUCAACCAUGGCGUCGCGUCUUUUGGGUGGGUUUCUAAGCGCGAAAGCUAGAAUGAGUCUUUUUUUCGGAUAA